AUGGGGAACUGCUUGAGACACGACAAUGGCAUUGCCGGAAUAGAGAAAUACGAACCCGAGCCCGAGACGACGGUUAAGUUAUGGGAAGAAGACAAAGUGAGUAGUAGUGAGGAAGAAGAAAUUAAUGAAAGAUCAAUGGAAGGAGACUCGAAGGUGGUAAGGAUUAAAGUUAUGGUGACAAAAGAAGAGCUUAGACAAAUCUUGGGUCACAAGAAAGGUAGAAACUCCAUUCAACACUUAGUUCAUGUGCUCAAAAAUAAUGGCAGAAACAUCUCUAGGGUUUAUGAAGAAGAUAUCGAGGAAGAAGAAGAACUAAGUGAUGAAAAUUGGAGGCCUACGUUAGAAAGCAUUCCUGAGAAUCAUUGUUGA